AUGGCGUUUGCUGGGACAAAUGUCAGUUUGUCCCAGCCGGAUGUAAUGCAAAAACUGACGGAGCGCAUAGAUGAUCUGAAGCAGAGAAUCGCUGCUUGGGGAAAGCGAAUUCGGCGAUAUACCGAGAGGUCGAAUCGGUUCAACCAGAAUCGUCUCUUCCAGAGUGAUCAGAAGAUGUUCUAUGAAUUAUUGGAGCGACCAAUGGUAAUUGGAACCCGCCCAGCACCGAAUCAGGCCGACACUGUAACAUUCUGGCGCGGCCGUGGUCAGAGCCCGUAA